AAGCUAUCCUUGAAAAGCUAUUUGGUUUUCUUUGCAAUCAUGAAAUCUACUCUUGUAUUCUUCGCUUUCCUCUGCAUACUUUUGUUUACUAACACAAUCGCAGCAAGAAAAGGGCCAGGCGAGGGAUAUAAUGAUGAAACGAAGGAAAAGUUUCACACAGAAACAACUAAAGAAGCAAAACAACAGUCUGUUAUAAACCCAAUUCCUGCUAUCUACUAUCCAAAUAAAGUUGAUGGUCAAGAAAUGGAUAAUACAGGAAAAGAAUAUGUUAUAAACCCAAUUCCUUUUUUCUACCAUCCGAAGAAAGUUGAUGGUCAGGAAAUGAUCAAUGCAGGAAAAGAAUAUGUUAUAAACCCAAUUCCUUUUUUCUACCAUCCGAAGAAAGUUGGUGGUCAGAAAAUGGACAAUGCAGGAAAAGAAUAUGUCAUAAACCCAAUUCCUUUUUUCUACCAUCCGAAGAAAGUUGAUGGUCAGAAAAUGGACAAUGCAGGAAAAGAAAAUGUUAUAAACCCAAUUCCUUUUUUCUACCAUACGAAGAAAGUUGAUGGUCAGGAAAUGGACAAUGCAGGAAAAGAAUAUGUCAUAAACCCAAUUCCUUUUUUUUACCAUCCGAAGAAAGUUGAUGGUCAGGAAAUGGACAAUGCAGGAAAAGAAAAUGUUAUAAACCCAAUUCCUUUUUUCUACCAUACGAAGAAAGUUGAUGAUCAGGAAAUAGAUAUUGCAGAAAAAGAAUAUGUUAUAAAUCCAAUUCCUUUUUUCUACCAUCCGAAGAAAAUUGAUGGUCAGGAAAUGGACAAUGCAGGAAAAGAAUAUGUUAUAAAUCCAAUUCCUUUUUUCUACCAUCCGAAGAAAAUUGGUUCAGCUUGAAGACUAUGUUCAUCAAAAGAGAAGUAAUCGUUUAAUAAAAUAUUGGGCUUUCAAGGAAGAAGAAUCUUAUGUAUUCAAAGUAAUAUAUGUGUUGUAUUUAUAUAUAUAUAUAUAUGGCCAGAAAGAUCAAUAAUUGAAGA